CUUCACUGCGCACUUCGGGGGGCUGUGGUGCUUGUACCUAGGGUGUGUGUUAAAAUAACUGGCCGCGAGGCGAAACGUACUGGGAUGUCGGAAGAUGAAGUGUGAAGAUGAAAAGUGUGUGUGUGUGUGUGUGUGUGGAGGCGUGUGGGUAGAGGUGUGUAUGACGGGGGAGAACACCCGUGCAUGGCUGCGAGCAGGCAGACAGGGAUGUGUGAUGACUUGCAUGGGUGGAACAGGGGUCUGUUGGGCACAUUUUUCGUGCGACCCACCUGUUUAACUCCAGACUCAAGCCCUGGCCUGUAGCUGCCCGUAGGUCCCUUGUGCUCCUGUUUGCCUGCUGAGUGCCAGCAGCCCACCCGGACUGUACGCUAGGAAGGAUGGUAGUCAUGAACUCAUGCCCCCCGGAACCCUCCUCCUCCUCCUCCCAGCAGCCCCACCCCCAGCUCACCGCUCGAACCUCCUCCGCUGCUGCGUCCGCACCCCUUCCCGCCCCCGCUGCGGGUGUUCUGCUACGGCCUGGACGACGUGCGGUUGUACCGGGCGCUGCAGGCGGCGGGGGCGCUGGGGCGGGUGCUGGUGGCGGCAGGGGUGGAGCAGACGGACGCAGUGCUGGCAUGCCGCACCAAGAGAACCGGCCGGGCGCUGCUGCUGGGGGAGAUCUCCAACGCCGCCCGCAAGGCCGGCAAGCCGCUGUUGGAGCUGCCGGCGCUCUCCCCCGUGCGCCUCAUGGAGGCGGUGCGGCGACUGACCGGCUGGCCGCUGCCGCCGCACCUCACCGCGCCGCACCCCCGCCCCGUGACCUACCUGCCGCCCCUGGAGCGCGACCCGGAGGGCGAGUGGGCGCUGCGGUGCCUGGCGGGAGGCAUGUCCCUGCCCGACUACCUGCUUUCCCGCGCCGGUCCCCAGCCGCCCGCCGCCCUGCUGCGGCAGCUCGACCGAACAGACCUGCUCUUAUACGACACCACCUCCCUGCUGCCCCCGGCUGCUACCGCGCGGCCGCAUGCUGCUCCUGGGGCGGCGCCUCAGCUGCCGCAGCAGCAGCAGUGGCAGCAGCCGCCCUCGUCGUCGCUGCCCGUCAACCCUCAGGAGCGGGAGGCGGCCCGGCAGCGCCCGCUGAGCCGUCCGCACAUGAAGGGCAGCCGGGUGGCUCGCAAGCGGCUGCGGGAGGAGGUGCGGAGGCGGGAGGCGGAGGCGGCAGGGGAGGUGCCCUGGUGAGGGCGGCGGCGGGCGGCUGGCGGCAAGGCGGGGAAGGAAGUGAGGUGGAAAGAGUGGGAGGAGGAGAGUGAAGGGCUGCAGGCGGUGCAGCUGCAGAUCUGGUUGGGGAUGUUGGCGCAGCGUUCGGUAGUGAAGGCGGAAGACGGAGUCGCUGCUUGAGCCGAUUGCAGCCGCUUUUGGCGGCCUUCUGGAGCCUAGAAGGAGCAGCUCGUACAUGAGGGGACUAGGUCGAGGUUUGGACCAUGACUCGCUUUCUGUUACAGUUCAUCUCACGGAGGAGCCCAACAGCAUUGGAGAGGAGCCGUACUUGCAGCCUUUCCAGACCUGUCCGGGGUCCCAAGGAAGCCAGGAGGCGGGACGCUGCGCUGCUGGAGGCCCAGUCGCGGUGUCACCUACGCUCCAACACACCAACUACACGUCUGUCCGCUAACCCAAGCUGUCGUCAAGCUUUCCACUUCCUGUCAGAUGCAAAAGCUGUGGUUGGUUGCGGCGAAUGGAGAGGCAUGCGCCUACUCGGGAGAGUUAAGGAGUGGACUUGUUGACUCAAAUGUGGAGAGGUGCCGGUUGCAUGGUGCGGAAGCGAGGCCGACUCGUUGUCCUGAUGUCGACCCCUAGUGGCGCUCCUUGCGCUUCUGCGGGAGCACAGCGAGUGUGGGUUACGAGGGGGCAAUCUGACACUAUGAGAUGUGCGUAGUUGGGUCAGUGGUGUGGUUACAGGCAAGCUUGCAGGUGGUUUGGUGCAUCAUGGCAGCGAGGGCGGUACGGCAGUUGUCGGGACAUCGUGGAGGGGAGGGCGGAUGCGUAGUGAUGCAUGCAGCAGUUCAAUUGUACGAUAUGUAGCCCUUCCGGCGCACAGCACGCAACCGCCCGGCCGACCAGAUUCGUCGGGGACAUAGACACAUGCAUACCGAUUGCCACCCGAACCUGUGUUGUUAGGUG